AUGGGUGAAGGAUCUGGUAGAGUUCUCGUGGGUGUUCUUGCAAUUGAUGGGAGUAGCUUCAGGAGGACCACUGUCUGCUACACAGUACUACACUAUUUGCUUGGGCAUGCGCUUGAUCCAUUUGGGUGUCUGCACGCGCGAGCCCUUGUUCCGCUUCAGGACGCCAAGUACUGGGCUUUGGCCUUGAAUAUGCGUCGUGCGUCGUCGUCGGACAACGGAUUCUUAGGGUCUUUGUGUCUAGGUUUUGGCUUGUCGAAGAGUGGAGACUACGGGUCGAGUUUGAGGGAACAGAGGACUUUCGGCGGCGGCAGUUUUGAGAGGAUUGGAGGUGGGUUUACUGCGAAUGAUGGGAGGAAGGAGGAUUAUAGAGAGAUUUUGUAUCGGAACUCAACCAUGAGAGAAGGGGUGUUGAGGAGGCUGAAGACUUAA